AUGGAGAACAGGAUGAAGUGGCUUCUUGUGGGCGUCUUCGGCCUUCUGCUGGCGAUGGCGUUUCUGAAUGUCCCGCUGGAUGUGAAGCAAUAUGGAAAAUCGUUAAGGUCAACUCUUACAGGUGCUGUGGCCUUAGAGACGUCAGGUGUCGCAAACCCUAAGGACUCAGAGACGAUAGGGACCAAGGAUUCAAAGGAGUUUGAACACAAGAAAGUGAAGGUGCCGAAAUACGUGGCUUCAGAGACUUCAGAAGCCGAUUCGGAGACGUCAGAGACUGAGGAUUCAGAGACGUCAGAAGCCGAGGGUUCAGAGGCAUCAGAAGUCAAGAUUGCAAAGACGUCAGAAGCCGAUGAUUUAAAGAUGUCUGAAGCCGAUGAUACAGAGGUGUCACAGACCGAGGAUCCAGAGACGUCAGAAGCCGAGGGUUCAGAGACUGAGGAUUCAGAGACGUCAGAAUCGAGAUUCAGAGACGUCAGAAUCGAGAUUCAGAGACGGCAGAGGCAGAGGAUUCUGGGGUCCGAUACAGAGGAGUCACAAACCGAGGAUUCAGAGACGUCAGAAGCCGAGGGUUCAGAGACAGAAGCCGAGGGUUCAGAGACGUCAGAAGCCGAGGGUUCAGAGACGUCAGAAACCGAGGGUUCAGAGACGUUAGAAGCCGAGGACUCAGAGGCGUCAGAAGCCGAGGGUUCAGAGACGUCAGAAACCGAGGAGUGUGUCAGAGUAGCCGAGGGUUCAGAGUUGUCAGAAGCCGAGGGUUCAGAGCUGUCAGAAGCCGAGGAUUUAGAACUGACAAAAGCCGACAAUUCAGAGACGCCAGAUGAAGAUGGAUCGAAGAUGUCAGAAACGCCACUUGAAAAUUUCCCAUUCGUGUUAACGGAGAAUAUUAACAUGUCAAGAAUACUUAUGGACUCUGUAACCAAGAAAAAAGGGAAAGACAAAGUAUAUUGUCUCUCCGAAGACGAUGAACCUUACACGGGCUUCGCUCUCCUAACCCCAUACAGGAGCGGCUCCUCCAUGGAUGUGAAGGCGGAAGAUGUCAUUCCCUCGGGAUGCAAUCCAGUGAUAUUGUGGCACCUCGUACGCCACGGAAGCAACGGUCCUCCGAAGAAAGACUAUAUAAAGUUUGAAGAUAACUUGACAGUUCUUAGGAGAAAGAUCCUUCGAAGUCGCACGAACUUGAAGGGAAAGCUCUGCGACAAGGAUUUGGCAUUAAUUCAAAGGUGGAAAAUGUCUCACAUGAUGAGCAAUUCAGCUAUGCUUACUAAGGAAGGCGAGGAAGAAAUUGCCACUUUAGCGCACCGGUUCAAGUCUGUAUUCCCAGGUCUUCUGAAAAAGGGAUUCACAAUGAGAGUCAAGCCCGGAGAUGGUACUAAGAGCGCCUUCAGUAAGGGGCACUAUAACCAGCAGAGUAUGGUCGCCUAUAAUAAAGGCAUGUUCGGCUUUUACACGAAAUGGGUAGCAGUUGGCGGAAAGCCAUCAGCGAUUUUACAGUUCUCCGACAACUGUGGAAACUACAUUGAACGUGUAAUUAACGCGGACAAGAGGCGGAAGCCGUACCACAAUUUCAUGAAUGGGAGUUACAUGACUUCUGUUCUUGAAAGUGUGGCGGACCGUCUUGGAUUUGCGGUGUCCGUGAGUGAUGUUCGUGUGAUGUACAAUGCGUGUCGGUACUACUAUGCGUGGUACCCGAAUAAAGACUCGCCCUGGUGCAGUGUCUUCACCCCGGACAAUCUCAAGAUACUGGAAUACUGGGAAGACCUCAGAGUGUACUACGAUCAAGGCCCCGUCUACGAGAUCUCCUCAAAGCAAGCCUGUAAGCUCGGCAAAGAAGUGAUGGAUCAGUUCCGGAAUCAAGUGGAAAAGGGCAGUGCUGGACUCUACCUCACCCGGUACAUCGUCUACCCAGAGGCUUUGGUAACGUUUAUUACCUUAAUGGGCAUCUUCAGUGAACAGGAGCGCCUCGAUGAGUUUACUAUCCCAGAUUCCCGUGUAUGGAAAACAUCCGAGUUUGCUGGUUUCGGUGGCAAUUUGGCCAUCUUGCUCUCUGUCUGUAUUGACCACAGCUUUUGGGUGAGUGCUCUUAUCAACGAGAGACCAGUGCAACUACAGGGAUGUAACAGCACUCUGGGUUGUUCUUGGGACGAUUUCAGUGAAAACAACAAACACCUGAAUGACUGCAAUUUAUUUAAAAUUUGUGGAAGGACUACGAGGCGUCUGAGACGACCUCACUUCUGGUAUGAUUACUAUAUAAAUGAAAACUGGAUGUAAGUAACUCAGCAGACGAAUGCAGUUUUUAUU